CAAAUCAACUCUCUCUGACAUUUGGGCUACAGAGCGAAGGCUCUCUGUUUAGUUUUUCAUUCAUCUCACCGUCUUUUCUCUUCAUCCCUUGUUAAUCACUGGCUGCAUCCCAAGUAGGGCAUCUUUACUAAAUUCCUUUCUCCUCAUCCCUUGUUCUCUCUUUCAUGCGGUGUUUGUCUCUCAUGGACUUGAAAGGCAGCAUAAUAGAUUAAGACAUGCUGCAGUCACGAAUGCUGCAGGGAGAAGAAGCUGCUGCAGUGUGUGUUUGGCUUUGUGUGUGUUGGCCGUGACUGUCUUUGUCUCUGGCAGGAGCCUCUUAAAGGGACACCCUGCCUGCGUUGGUCUGUUGGCGGCUGGUAAACCUGCAGUGGCUCAGAAUAACUGCAGCUUCCACGCUUUCCUUCUCUCCUCCCUCCUUUCAUCCUCUGCUUUCUUUAACACAAUUCUAUUUGUCGCUUUCUCUUGACACAUCUUUUUCAUCGACUGAUCCUCUCUUCCCCCCUCCCCUCUUUCACCGUCUCUCUCUCUCUCUCUAUCUCCCUCACCUGGUAUUGGUCUGGUAAUCUGUGGAGUAAUGCGGUGUCGUGGACUAAAGCCAUGAGUCAGUUGGGGGGGGGAGUGGUUGAGUCAUCAGUGUUGCAUUUAGACUAGAGGACAGACAGUCAGUCGGUAGGGAUCUCCUUUGCGACGCGUUUCAAAACGGGAGGGAAACACACUGGCCGUGCGGGUUCGGGGGCUCUCAACAUGGCUGCGGCCUUUCAAGACUUCCAGAGGAGCGAGUCGGACCGGCUAAACGAGGUGAAGGGUCAUCUAGAGAUUGCCUUACUGGAGAAACACUUCCUACAAGAGGAGUUGAGGAAGCUACGAGAGGAAACAAACGUGGAGAAGAUAAAGGAAGAGCUGGAGAGAGAGAGAGGGAAGAGGCUCGACCUCGAACUGAGGAUGAACGAGGUGCUAAAAUCCAGGUUGGAAGACUCGCCGCCACAGCUUGCCCGUAAACCCCCGUCUCCAACGCCUGCUGCCAAUGGCAAAGACACAGAUAAAGAGAAGCCGCCGCAGGGGGAGACCCUGUACUUGCGGGCGUGGAGGUGGCUCUAUGACAGGGUGGGGGUCUACAUAGAAGACUUCCGUUUCGUCCCGGAGGAGAACACUGUGGAGGCUGAGGAACCACUAAGCGCUAAAAGGCUAACAGAGAACAUGAGGCGCCUCAAGCGAGGAGCCAGACCUGUCACUAACUUCAUGAGGAACCUCUCAGCCUUAUCCAACUGGCACUCAGUGUACACCUCAGCUAUUUCCUUCAUAAUCUACAUGAAUGCUGCGUGGCAUGGCUGGGCCAUCCCCAUGUUCCUCUUCUUGGCCAUCCUGAGGCUCUCCUUGAAUUACCUCAUUGCUAAAGGUUGGAGGAUUCAGUGGAGCAUUGUGCCGGAUAUUACGGAUCCUAUAGAACCGUCAAAGGAUGAUUUAACUGUGUCUGAAAAGUUCCAGUUAGUGCUUGAUGUUGCACAAAAAGCACAGAACCUUUUUGGUAAGAUGGCGGAUGUUUUGGAGAAAAUAAAGAACCUAUUCAUGUGGGUGCAGCCUGAGAUCACUCAGAAGCUCUACAUCAGCCUGUGGGUUACCUUUCUCUCCUCCUGCAUACUGCCCUAUAAACUCGUGGGCUUCAUGAUUGGGCUGUAUGCAGGGAUCAAGUUCUUCAUCAUAGACUUCUUGUUUAAGAGCUGUCCCAAGCUGAGGGACAAAUAUGACACACCUCACAUCGACUGGAACAACCUACCAACUGAUCCACAGUUGAAGGAGAGGACCAACGCGACAAUGUCUCGACGGCUGUCUGGGUCUGAGAAGAUUCAGCCUGUGGUGGCUAGAGGUAGCCUAGCAACCGUCCCGUGCGGUGUAAACCUGGAUGCUGACAGCGCCAGGAUUCAUAGCACCAAGAAGGGAGCCUUUCAUGAGAUCUUCAACGUCUCAGAGAAUGAGCGCCCUCUACCAGUGUGUGAGAAUGGGUGGAGGUGCUGCCUCAUCAACAGAGACCGGAAGAUGCCAACGGACUACAUACGAAACGGCAUGCUCUAUGUUACAGAGAAUUAUCUGUGCUUCGAGAGCUCCAGUUCCAAAUCGGUCUCCUCCAAGAAGAAUAAGGUCAUUAAGCUGGUGGACAUCACAGAUAUCCAGAAGUACAAAGUGCUGUCUGUCUUACCUGGGUCAGGAAUGGGAAUCUCCAUAGCCACUCCCUCCACACAGAAGCCUCUGGUGUUUGGUGCCAUGAUCCAUCGAGACGAGGCCUUCGAGGCGAUCUUCACCCAGUACAUGAAGAUCACAACCACCUCCAGACAACCCUUGGGCAGCCCUGAGCUGUAGCCCUGAACUGUAGCCCUGCUAUCCCCAUGGAAAGAGGCCUGGGCUGGGGUCAGGGCUGGUCCACCUACCCCUGAACCCUCCCUGGCUGGAGAAAAGACAAUUGGGGGAAGUGAUGGGACACACCUCUUCUCCUCCCUCUCUUAUUUACAGUGACUGGACAAUCUUCUUAUGACUGAGAGCUGUCUGGUGCGCGCGCCCGUCUGUCUGGUGCGCGCGCCCGUCUGUGUGGAGGUGAGGUGGGAGUUAUAGUCCAAUAGGGAUGGUGAACACAUUCCAACACUGUCAGAAGGAGGAUGGGGGGGUGGUGAAGUAGAGGGGGUGGGGGAGUCAUUAUUUUUAACACAGACAUCUCAUCAUAGGAGAAGGAGCUGGCUCUCCUGCCUGCCUGCCUGACUGCCAGCUUUCAUUCGCUUCAGAGAGACGUGUGUGUGUGUGUGUGUGUGUGUGUGUGUGUGUGUGUGUGUGUGUGUGUGUGUGAGCUGCCAAGACAUCGUGCGUCUCUACUCACCUGUCUUCUCUCUUUCUCGUGAAGUCUGAGUCAGUGUAACCGUUACUGCUGGUCUUGCACGGAACCGUACAGACAGUACGCUGUACGGUAGCUAGAUGUUUGUGUAGAAAACAAAAAGCUGUUAACAUCGGAACAACGUUCAACAUGACAAGAAGCCUUUUCCAUCAGUUUACAUCAUUGCUAUAGAUUUUCCUUGGAGACACUCACGCACAUUUCAGCAACAAACCGUUUGCGUUCAGAUGUCUUUUUGCAUACGACAUAUGUGUGUUAUACUUUCAACACUCCCUACUGUACUGUGUGUCACAUACGGUAGUGGGGACCUUGGCGCUGAUGUUCAUUGUGAAGUGUUUUCAAAUGCCUUUCUUUUGAAUUCCGCUUAUUUUUGUAAUAACCAAUGGAAUGAUGAAGAACUGGACUUAGUUAAAGCAGGUCCUGGAUCUGUGGAUUGUGUUCUAAAACUAAAGCACACUCCCUGUUAGUCAGAACAGACCUAAACCCUGAAUAAUGUGUCGAAACUGAAGGUACAUAGUUUAAAUGUAACAUAGCUGGUUCAGUGAACUACACUUUUGUGCUGAGUAACCCUGAGGCCUAAAGAUGAGUAAAUGCCUUGACUUUAGCCCAGUAGGCUAACACACUCUUAAGGUGCGCACUGUAGGUCACAUAAACAUACUAAUGAUUUUGCAGUGUAUCAAGGCCCAGUACCUGUUACUUCAGUAUUUAGUGACAUGUUAUGGUAUAGUAAUACUAUGGUAAUACCACUAAUACCAACCUGUAGUAUUAACACUGGAGUGGUCAGAUGUGUACAAUGUGCUGUCCUGUUCAGAAGUAAUUUAACUUGGUUAACUUGACUAGUAACUAGUUAAUUCGUCCAGGAGUUCUCAGUAUUUCAAUGCAAAUCGAGGCAGUCAACUGGCCUGGUUCUGGAGUAUUCAUUCACAGCAGGAUGAAGAACAAGUUUGACCUGAAUAUUUCAAUGUCACUUUAUUAUUGUCACCGUUGUGGAAUUAAAAGCUGGUCUUUUAUUUCUCAGAUAGGUUUGAUAUGUAGAAUUGUAAUGGAAUGCCAAACCAAGUGGAUGUGGACACCUUCUGUGUUUUGUAAAAUGGCUGGAAGAGUUAUUGUGGACAUCUGGGCAUAUUUCUGGUCUAUCGUUUGCUUCAAAUGAGAGAGUAGAUUAUACUAUGCUCUCAGAUCCUUUUUGCCUCAGCACAACAAGCUAGUCCCCUAAAAAGCAUUCAUCUUCCCACACUGUUAACAAGCCCGUAUAAACUGUGUCAGUUGUUGUCUUAUGACUGGAUAUGAAAUGUAAUUUCUAUAGAUUGUCUAUUGUCUAAGGAACUCAUGCUGUUAGUGUGUUGAUUGAAUGAUUGUCUGACUUUACGUUAGUGUAGUCUUAAUGCUUACCUGAAGCCUUUCUUAGUCGAGUAGUACCAACUAACUUUGAAAUCUGCAAUCAGGGUCUGUCCUAAAAGAAGCACACAGAAUGUAUUGUGUUACUGCUGUAAACUCCUAGUUUAUUUUUUGUUGUUGCCAAAACGUUAUUUUUUCUUUCUUUUACUGCCGCCAUGCUCUGCCUACACCUACAUGUUUACUGAAGGUUGGGUUAAAAACCUGAAUUAAUUUCUUGUUUUUCAUUUGUUUGGAAUGCCGGUUUGAGCUCCUUGCCACAGGUGGAGUUAUGAAGACUGGACAGAUAUCUUCCUCUUGCGUUUUGAAUUACUGUGUAACUGUCAGCUUUUUAAAUCCGCUCAGACUGGUCUCAGGACAACCUCUGCUGCUCACAUUCAUCCCAAUAGCAAACGUAACCCUGAUCUGUUUAUAAUACUUUAAUAGCUAAAGCUAAAGUUUAGCUCUUGUGUUGUUUGUUGUCAUAGCAUAUACUGUACAUGUACUGAGUAGCAUGGUAAUGAAAGUCCGAGGAGUUGGAUCAAGCAUAUAGUGACAGACCUGGGACCAGGCUAACAGUAGGCAGACGGUGACAUCAGAGAACAUUCUAGUCAGAUUAUAUUCACACUGCAAAAAAAUGUCAGUGAUCGUUCAUAGGUAGUGCUGUGCGGUACAUGGUACAAUCAUGAUGUUUUAGCUGUUUUUGGAUCACUCACAGGCCUUCCUUACAGACAGCAGAGGUCAUCAUGGUGACUCGGAGAGCUGCUGUUCACUGGUUUCUACUGGUCUCCUUCUGUGUGUCUCGUUGUGUUAACCAAGUAUUAAUUCUAACUAAAUGUAAACGUUAGUCAAUUACUUCAUGAUAUUCCCAUACAGUAUAUCACUGCAAAGUUCAAUAUACUGCAAUCAUCUGACAGUUGUGGGUAAUUAUGUCAUCUGUGUGUCCGAGGACUAAAAUGACGAAAGAGGAAUUUAUAUACAAUAACGUAAUCCUUUGCGUUUUUAAAGAAGACAAUGUCUAUUGUAAAAUAUGUGAUGUACAUUUUUUUAUUUAAAUAAAAUGAAUUAAGUAUU